AUGACUGCAUCGCAAAUAGACGGACAGGAAUGGUGGAAAAUUGAACCCAAAUACUCUACUAAAGUUUUAAUUGGAAACUGGUUGGAAGAGAGGAAAAGGUUUAUAAAAGCCAGUGGGAAACCCAGCAACAGCACAUACAGAACAGACUUCAUUUACUUCCUGGAUCAUAAACCAGACCAAACAUCAAGGAGAACCUUUAAGAAGAGACUUGAGGGACUCCCAAAGCAGCAUUUCUUCACACAUCAUGAGGAGCCAAGCAGCCGAAAUUUAGUAUCAGAGUACGAUGAUAGCUACAAUAGACAUGGUCACAACACUCUGCUGCCUCCCCUCCGCAGAUGGAAUGGACGCAAGUUGGCCUGGAUUCCUGAGAAAACAGACUUCCCCAAUCUUGAACCACCCACCAACUAUGGCCUUCUUGAGCAGCUAAUGAAAAAAUGGCACAAAAAAGAAGCUGGAGUGAUGAACAGCGUCUACACUGUUUCCUAUGAAAAACCACCAACUUCUGCUUUUGCUUCUUGUCGACUUAGACAACCAGCUAUAACUCAUGACUUUUCUUCCAGCCAGGGACAUCUUCCCUGUAAUGUUAGUACAAUCCCGGACUAUGAAGCGGCUCAGAAAUAUCUGCAAGUCCUAGGCCAACUGGUCAGAGACACAACAGAAACUGAUGCGUCUGUGUAA